AUGCCUUCUCCUCCCAAACCUUGGGAAGUCAACAACAGCAAUGGAACAGCAGUGGUUACUUCACCUACAGCAGCAGCUUCGUUAACAACAUCCAAUGCUCCCGAUGUACCAGCUCGUUCUUCAGCAUUGACCGAUUCUUCCGUCUCCACACCCGCUAGACCAACCAGCUAUGGCUCAACUGGAUAUGGCUCAACUGCUUAUGGCUCCACCGGCUAUGGCUCAACAGGCUAUGGAUCCAUGGGUGGUUAUGGCUCCACAGGCUACGGUGGAUAUGGUAGCACUGGCUAUGGCAUGAAUUCAUACAAUCGAUAUGGUAGCUCCUAUGGAGGUUAUGGCAGCUCUUAUGGAGGCUAUGGUAGCAGCUAUGGUGGCUAUGGCGGCUACGGUGGUGGUUACGGCAUGAAUCGAUAUGGUGGUGGUUUCGGCAGAAUGGGCGGUCCAGGCGGUCCAGAUGAAAUGGGUCUAACUCAACGUAUGGAAAUGGGCACUCGUCCUGCAUUCGAAGUCGUUGAAAACAUUGUUGGAUCAUUCGGCGGUUUUGCUCAAAUGUUGGAGUCGACUUUUAUGGCUACACACUCUAGUUUCAUGGCCAUGGUGGGUGUUGCUGAACAGCUUGGAUUUCUCAAAAACUAUCUCGGCCAAGUGUUUAGUAUCUUGGCUCUCUAUCGUUUCGUCAGAAAGAUCAUUGACAAAGUGACAGGCCGCGCACCAGUAGGCAAACCAUUGGAGAUGAAUGUCAUGGAGUUCCAGAAUUUCGAAAACAAGGUUGCUGCUGCUGCCAGUGGUCCCAAGAUGUCAAGAAAGCCCUUGAUCAUCUUCUUAUUGAUGGUGGUGGGUCUUCCUUACAUGAUGCAUAAAUUGAUCAAACUCAUUUCUGCUACACAACAAAAACAAAUGGCAUUGCAAGGUGUUGUGCCUGGUGCUGCUCCUGGAAGUGCUGCUGCUAUCGAUCCCUCAAAACUUGAAUUUGCUCGUGCCAUGUACGAUUUCGCAUCAGAGUCUCAAAUGGAACUCAACCUAAAGAAGGGUGAUAUCGUUGCUAUUAUCUCAAAACUGGAUCCCACUACAAAUGCUACAAGUCAAUGGUGGCGUGGCCGUUUAAGAGAUGGCACUAUGGGUAUGUUCCCUGCAAACUAUGUAGAAAUCAUUCAAAAGGGUGGUCCAGCAGCGAACAAUGAUGCUGUCAAUGAUGCCAAUGCUGUUUUGAAUGAAAAAGUGCCGACGACACCAGCUAUUGCUGCUUCUCCAGCUUCAGAAACAGCAGCUACCAAAUUGGUUUAA